AUGUGGAGUGCUUUUCACCAGGUAUCUAGCCUCGCUUCCACCCUCCCCAAGUUUGUUUACUUCAAAGCCACUGGCCAGUCGCGGCGUGCCGCGGCCGGAGCUACAAACAUCAACUUCAUGUCAAACAUCUCGCAACCUACACCAAAAUAUACAGCCCUUCUUGACGAUUCGACGGCACUGACGAACAAGAACAAGAUAAUGGCUCCCAUUAGAAAUAGGAAGAGGGUGUCAGAGCAAUCCACCGUCUCGAGAGAGCAAGAUGCGGCCACAGACACCAAAGUGCCUGUAAAAAGCCCAUCAACACCUCACGAGAGAAGUCCACUUAAGAAGCGCAAGAUGGGAAUCAGCACUCUGCAGAAACAGGCCUUGAUUGACAAUCUGCAACUAGAAGUCACUGAACGCGCCAGACGACUUCGCGCCCAAUACCAUCUACAAGCACAGGGCUUACGAUCCCGAAUUGAAAUACGAAUCAACAGAAUACCCGUUUCUCUGCGAAAGCUGACAAUUGGUGAACUCAUUUUGAAAUGUUCACAACAGGAACAAGGUCAGGUCUUUGCUAGGCCUCCUCCAGUGCCUGCCAAAGACACAUUUCGCUCGAGCCCCCAGAGAGCGCUACCGGCUCGGAGUCAGGCCGUAGGCCGCGGCUACAAACGCAUGAGUGAGAUUGCAGGAGACAAGGAAAACGACGCGGAAAACAGGGACGGCGCCAAAAAGAAGAUUAGAACAGAGACGGGGCGUGUUCGGCCAAACCAGGUCCUGUCCCCGACUUCAUCAAACUCGCGCCUUGGAAAUAUGGACCGGUCGGCAUCGCCGGCGAAGCCGCAAAUGUCUCGACCUGGCUCUCCGUUGAAACCCGCCUCCUCGCGCGCCGCCGCCUCAAGCGUUCUCUCCAGCAUGGUGGAAAAGGCCAAGGCUACACGUACUGCUACGCGCACGAGGGGAACCAGAAAGGUCACCACGACUUCAGAAGCGAGUUCCGCGUCAACGACCGCCACGAAAUCUCGACGCCCUGCCACUACUGCAGCCUCCCGAGCGCCUAUUUCCCGACCAGCAACCCGGACAGGCCGCCGUCCUAGUGGGACGAGUGACACUAGCGAGGGGAGUGUCGGAACUGUAGUUCGAAAACCGAGCGCAUCCAAAAAGGCAGCGCCAGCAGCCGCGCGUACCACUGUCAUGGGGACUAUUCGAAAGGGCGUUACCAGUGCUACGACGAAGAGAGCAGCAACGAGAACAACGGCAGCCCCAACAACAGCAGCGAGUGCUAGGGUGUUGCGUAAGCGGGGAUAG